AUGCCUCCCGGACCAUUUCCCUAUCCCUUCCUUGGAAACCUUCCUCAAAUCAUCUCAGCAGAUCCUGUUAGACCAUUUGAUAAACUAGCCGAGAAACAUGGAGAUAUUUUCACUGUUACUUUUCCCAGCGGCAAUGCUGUUAUCCUAAAUACAGCAUCUUUAGUACGUGAAGCAAGGCUUGCUCCCGGGAGACAAGAAGACCUUAUGGGAAAAUCACCGGAGUAUAUAUAUCCACUUGACGAGAUGAUGGGCGGCGUAUUCUCAGCACGUGAUUACUCAGACGCAUAUCUUUUUGAGAAGAAAGUGUUUGUAUCAGCAAUGCAUAUUUUUGGCGCUGGGAUAGAGCAAGCCUCGGUUCGUGCUGGUCACGCUGUUGACAUCGCAAUCAAAGAAAUCGAAAAUGAACCAGGGAAAUCCUUUUCACCUAAAAAUCUCCUCGAGUCCUCCAUAGUAGUGCAACUUUGGGAAUGGCUUACAACGAAAAAGAUAGCGUUGGACGACCCAAUUGUGAAGGAAAACAACGAAUUUAGCGCGAUUUUCAACCGACAAGCGUUAAUUAGUUCAGUGUAUCAGUUAUUUCCGUUCCUGUGUUACUUACCCACGCGAUUUACUCGGGAAAUAAAGCGAGCAGAACAGAUUAGAGAAACAAUUUUCCCCCCGGAAUAUCGAGCCCACAAGGAGAGUUAUAUUCCAGGCACCAUACGAGAUCUUACAGAUAGUUUCAUCAGUGCUUAUGAAAAAGAACUUGCCAAAGAGACAAGGAAAGAUAUUGGCUCGAAAGAUACUGGCAUUCCAGGCUUGAUGCUGCAUGUGGUUGUUGGGGGAUCAUCAACCAGCUCGACAUGGCUAACUUGGUUUUUUCUAUAUAUGGUCUUAUAUCCCAGUGUGCAAAGCAAAAUACACGAAGAAUUGGACGAAGUCGUGGGACGUGAUCGUCUACCGAACUGGAAAGAUGCGAAAAGCUUCCCAUAUCUUCAAGCUACGUUAUGUGAAGUCGGUAGGAUAUCAGGUGUGGCACCUCUCGCCGCAUCAAACGCGAUUCGUGACACAACCAUCGCUGGUUACCACAUUCCAAAAGGAACAUUUGUCGGCCUGAAUCUUACAAAGCUGCUUGAGGAUGAACGAGAAUGGCCAGAACCAGAGAAAUUUAAACCUGAAAGAUUUCUGGAUGAGGAUGGCAAGUUCGUCGGAUGGAAUAAACUCCAUGGAUUUAUCCCGUUUAGCGUUGGUCGUAGAGAAUGUCCUGGUCAAUCAUUGGCGAAGAUAAUGAUGUUUUCUUUUUCUUCAAUGUUAUUACAUCAUUACAAGUUUGAAUUGCCUGAAGGAGCAGAGACGCCAACUACUAAAGUGUCGACCCCGCAACUCUUCUCUGUACCAGAUGAUUUUCUAGUUGUUGCAAUGCCGCGAAAUUUGAAAUUACAAGACUGA